AUGACUUCUUCAUCUUCUAUCGGAACCGGUUGUAUUAUUAAUCGCCUUCUCGACUCCUGCCAACUAUCUGCUUCCAACUCAUCUGGCUCUUCAGCUAUACUCCCUUCUUCCUCCUUGCAGCCUUCUCCAUCAUCAUCACACACUGCUGUUGCUCCUCUCGGUGACUCUCCGCCUCCAUCAAGCUCGCCUAGCUAUCUGGGUGGCGUAUCUGCGGGAAUCCGCAUUCGCCAACUGCAGGAAAAACUAACAGAAUUGAAUGAAGAACUUUUUAGAACAGAGACGACCUCGCAUAUAUUUUAG